AGCCACACUUCCGGUCCGUCCUUGAAUUCUACCCCCGAGGCCUACUUCCGGGAGGGUCACAUGACUGCCCAAGAUGGCUGCCGCCAGGGACGCCGGCCGGUUCCGGGACGCGGAGGAGGGAGAGGACUUGCGGAGCGUCCUGGUGACCAGCGUCCUCAACCUGGAGCCGCUGGACCUCGACCUCUUCCGCGGGAGGCACUACUGGGUCCCAGUCACGGAGCGACUCUUUGGGGGGCAGAUUGUCGGCCAGGCAUUGGUGGCGGCAGCCAAGGCCGUGAGUGAGGACGUCCAUGUCCAUUCCUUGCACUGCUACUUUGUCAGAGCAGGGGAUCCCACGGUGCCGGUCCUGUACCAAGUGGAGCGCACCCGCACAGGGAGGAGCUUCUCGGUGCGAUCGGUCAAAGCUAUCCAGCAUGGGAAGCCCAUCCUCAUCUGCCAGGCUUCCUUCCAACAGGCGCAGCUUAGCCCUAUCCAGCACCAGUUCCACAUGCCAGAGGUGCCACUCCCAGAAGAGCUCCUGACCAAUGAAGAGCUCAUCCACAAAUACCUUCAGGACCCAAACCUCCUGGAGCAGUACCGCCAAAGGCUCACCAAGAUGUUGGCACAAGAAGUUCCCAUUGAGAUGAAGCCAGUGAACCCACCCGAUCUCUAUCACCAGAACUUGCAGGAGCCCAAGCAGCUCUUCUGGGUGCGGGCCAAAGGCUACAUUGGGGAUUGUGACAUGAAGCUGCACUGUUGCGUGGCUGCCUACAUCUCCGACUACGCUUUCCUACACACAGCCCUGCUGCCCCACCAACACUACAAGGUUGGCUUCCUGGCCUCCCUCGAUCACUCCCUGUGGUUCCAUGCCCCCUUCCGAGCCGACCAUUGGAUGCUCUAUGAGUGUGAGAGCCCCUGGGCCGGGGGGUGCCGGGGACUGGUGCAGGGGCGGCUGUGGCGCAGAGAUGGUGUGUUGGCUGCCACCUGCGCCCAGGAAGGAGUCAUCAGAGUGAAGGAACAGAGAGCUAUAAGCAAGCUAUAGUAAGUACUCCCUCCCCAGCUAUGGUUCCUGGCAGGAGGUGCCAGCUCAGCCUUCAUGGAUGUGAACAAGGCCUCCACACUUGACCCUGAACCUUAAAGCAUCCGCAGCUAGAGGCAAGCUCUGCAAAUGGGCAGAUGUGCAGAGAGACUUGGAGAUGGCAGUACAGAUUGUGUGGUUUUUAUUGGGCAUGUUAAUUACAGACUGGCCCGUGGCUUUCCAGAUUACCAAUAAAGUGACUGAAGCUCCC